UCGAGUUUUGGCUGAAUCAUCGCCUUACUACGAAUCUCUAAAAUCGCGCAACCAAGAAGUUUUAUUCUGUUAUGAACCUUACGAUGAAUUGGUGUUAAUGACACUUCAACAAUUUAAUGGUUAUAAAGUAGUUUCUGCAGAAAAAGAUAUGCGCGAUGAUAAAAAAGCGGCGGAUUUAACGAAUUUAGGCGCUGAUAGUUUGAAGCGGAGUGAAAUUGAUAGUCUAACGAAAUGGAUAAAAGCUCAGUUGAACGGAAGAGCAAGUAGUGUUAGCGCUACUAAUAGGCUUGAAAAUCACCCUUGUGUAGUCACCGUUGAAGAAAUGGCAGCUGCGAGACAUUUUAUUAGAACGCAAAGUCAUCAAGUACCGGAAGAUAAACGCUAUGCUUUGUUGCAACCUCAAUUUGAGAUUAAUCCAAAGCACCCAAUCAUUAAAAAAUUACAUAAAUUAUCGCAAUCUGAUAUAGAAUUAGCCAGUUUAUUAGCAAAACAGUUAUUUGCAAACGCAAUGGUUGGUGCAGGACUUGUUGAUGAUCCAAGAUUGAUUCUAACCUCAAUGAAUGAACUCUUAACGAAAUGUUUAGAGAAAUAUUAAUUUGCUUAAAAUUUAUAGUUUUUUUUUUCUAAGUGAUGUUUUUGUAUAUAUAGUUUUU